GGGGUUCUGGGAACCCCUUUAUGGAAACCUGGCUGCCCCAUCUUUCCUGCUCAGAUGGGCUGUUGAGCUCCGGCCAAACCGCCCACCUGUCUGUUAGCAGCCCAGCAUUUAACCCGCUGCGUCUCUUAAAGGAUAAAGUACUCUUUGGAACCGGCACAGGUCAGAGGCUGAGAGGCUGCCAGUGGAAAGCAGGCGGGGAGGACAGUUUGGCCCAGCUGCCUGGGAGGCUCCUGGCCGGGCUCCAGCGGUUCAAGCGCUCGCUCUCCCUCAAGACCAUCCUUCGAAGUAAGAGCGUGGAGAACUUCUUCCUUCGUUCAGGCUCUGAGCUGAAGUGCCCGACGGAGGUGCUGCUGACGCCCCCCAAAACUCAAAAUCUUCCAGGAAAUUCCAAGCAGGGCUUACGAUGUAAGACAUGUAAAGCCAGCGUCCACCUCUGGUGCUCCGAGGAGAUCUCCCACCAGCAAUGUCCGGGCAAGAUGUCCACCUCCUUCCGCCGAAACUUCAGCUCCCCCCUCCUGGUGCAUGAGCCACCGCCAGCCUGUGCCGCCAGCAGGGAGUCACCACCCGGGGGGGCCAGCGGGAAGGUGGACCCGGUCUACGAGACGCUGCGCUACGGCACCUCCUUGGCGUUGAUGAACCGGUCCAGCUUCAGCAGCACCUCAGAGUCCCCCACCCGGAGCCUGAGCGAGCGGGAUGAGCUGACUGAGGAUGGAGAAGGCAGUAUUCGCAGCUCAGAAGAGGGCCCCGGGGAAAGUGUAUUCACAGCCCCUGCCGAGAGUGAAGGCUCAGGAUCCGAGGAGAAGAGCCCUGGGCAGCAGCCCCCCAAGCCCCUCUUGCGGAAGGAUGUGGGGACCAUGUACUCCUACGUCGCACUCUACAAGUUUCUGCCCCAGGAGACCAAUGACCUGGCCCUGCAGCCUGGUGACCGGAUCCUGCUGGUGGACGACUCCAACGAGGAUUGGUGGAAGGGCAAGAUUGGCGACCGGGUGGGCUUCUUCCCUGCCAAUUUUGUGCAGCGAGUGAGACCAGGAGAGAAUGUCUGGCGUUGCUGUCGAGCUUUCUCUGGGAACAAGGAACAAGGGUACAUGAGCCUCCGGGAGAGCCAGAUCUGUGUGGGCGUGGGCAGAAGCAAGGAUGCUGACGGCUUCAUCCGCGUCAGCAGCGGCAAGAAGCGGGGCCUGGUGCCAGCCGACACCCUGACCGAGAUCUGAGAGGAGCCCAGAAAACGCAGAUGCCACCCCUGCCCACGCCUGGCCCUUGCUUCCGGCCCUGGGAGGGAAGCAGGCAUGCUUGUCCACAGCCUCCCUCUCUGCCUCUCUCCUAGGGACCACUCACCACAGCUUAGGGGCCCCCUAUACAGAGGAAGGCUUUAGUUCUUGGUGGGGAUGCCCCGAGUGGGUUACUCCACUGAGACUGUGGGGAGAGGAGGAGAAACUGGGAAGGAAUGGGGAAGCUCCAGGUACCCUCCAGCCUGGGGAGCUUCCGGCUGCUUCUUCCAGAGUCUUCCGAGCCCCAAUCGCCUUUGCAUGCCUGCCACCGCCUCCCCACAGUCUCUGCUGGGCAUGUGACCCUGUGUCUGCUCCUUUGGAAGUGGAGAUGGGCCACCUUGGGCAGGACUGUAGGGGUCCAGGGUGAGGGAGGAUUCUGAGUCCACCUCCUCUGUUACUACGUCAAUUCUCAGGAAAGUUCUGUGGGAAUACCUCCCAUUACUUGAAACCUGGGCCGACAGAGGGGCAGGUUGGGGGUGUGGAGUGGGGAGGAGGGAGCCACACCAACUCCAAGAUGAUCCCUGCAAGUAGAACAAAUGCAGCAGCUGCACCCUGCCCUUGUCCCCUGGGAAAUGUCACCCCAAAGCAGCCUGAGUGCAAACCAAACGGAGAACAAAUACCUGGCCCAUGUUUGGUUGACAGAACCCCAUCUCACUGGCUUUGGGGGAGGCAAACCUUCCUGGCCACACCAUACCAGGCCAGGUCCAGGUUCCCAUCCUCAGGACUGACCUCCAAAGGGCCUUUCCCCAUCUUCUCUUUCCCGGGGCCCUGUAGGGGACAAGGCCACUGUGUCCAGCGUCCCUUUGCUGGUUGUGUGGCCUCCCUGGUUCUGGACACAAAGUCCUGGGAGACAGAUGCCUGAGGGCAAGUGGAACCUUCUGUUUGGCCACAAGGAAAAGAAGGGGGUGGGCACAUGCAACAAUGACCCCUCCCUUGUAGCUGCUUUUCUCUGGUGCCACCUCCUACCCAAAAACCCAUUGACUGUGCCAACCGAUGCCACUCCCACCCUGCGCACAGUCACCUCUCCAUUCCGAGAGAGGGACAUUGAUCUUCCUUCAAAGGUCCCUGGCCCACUUCUCCCCUAUGGAGGGGGCUCAAGCCACACUGCCCUGUUUGCUGCCAUGAGCCCCCCGCCCCCCUAGCAAUACCCUCGGGGAGGGUAUGAUGCCCACUGUACGUGAGGCUGCAUGAUGGGUGUGCUGGGGCACUGCUACGCCUGAGGCCUCUAAGUAAAUGUUUCUCGUUC